UACUACUUGAUUUGUGGCUCCCACUUUACCCUUGAGAGCUCAAUUCAAUCCUCCAGCUCAACAUACUGGAGGUGCUUGGGAUGUCCCAUAAACGCAAGUACCGCAAGGUUGCACCGCCGGCCAACCUCGUAGCUCCGGCGACGACAGUUACACCAGAUCCUUUCAUUUUGUCUAUUCAAGCAUACGAGGCUACUAUCAUCCGCGGCCCACAGUCUCUUUCAACAGCACUUUCUCUUGAGGCGCCGCAUCUUCCAACUUUGGGUGUUCAUGCAAGUGAUCCUCAAAUCGGUAAUGCUCUCAUACAAUGGGGUGCUAGCACAAGAAAUUUUCAACUUCUCAACUCAGAUUCUUCUUUCCCCGAAGCGUCGGACGACAAGGUUACUUGGGUGGACAGAUAUGAUGCUCGUCUUUUGCUUGAUGCCUUCCCAGAGCAUACAAGUCUGAGUACCUCUCAGCCAAGGUCUCUGUCUCCAACCGGAUGGUCAGACUUGCCAUCUGACACUGAAGAUACCUUUUUCUUCACACCAUAUGAGAUUGAAGAUUACCGGCGCGAGAAACGUAGGCGUCUCAUUGACCAAAACAGAGAGGACCGUCUGAAAGCUCUUGCCGAGACCGAUGAAAACGAACAGUUGGAUCUUUGGGGAGGUAGUGAUGAGGAGCCUGAUGAUGUCCAGUCAGCGCUUAUGAAAAGAACAGCGCUACACCUUCUAUCGUCUCCUAAUCCUGCACAACUGGAGAUGCGCAUUCUUGCAAACCACGGUGCGGAUAAGAGAUUUGCAUUUUUAAGGGGACGGUGGUCACGAGCAUGGCGCACGACCAAGGAGAGGCUCAGACAAGAAAAAGUCGACCGAUCAGCUCAAUCGCUGCGAGCUUCAGGGAACGUAGGUCUGGGAGGACUCGCUGCGUAUGGAGAUAGUGAUGAUGAAGGUAGUGAAGAAGAGUCUGAGAGUGAGGGAACAUCCCCAUUAAAGCUUAGUGAGAGUUCUGCCGCGACCCUGGAUUCGCCUCAGACCCUUAAUGUACGGUUGGAGGAAGUUGAUCAGGAAGCUCGGCGCGCUAGGGCUAGGGAGUGGGCUGCACAACGCCGUGCACGACAAGGACAAACUUUGAGUACUAACGAAAAUGAGGCAAAUUCCUCAGAUUCCUGAUGACUGUACGGUG